AUGGCGGGUAAUGAAACAGCUGUUCACGCCACCGUCGGCUCGACAUCUAGCGGAGCGCGGGCGCGAUCCGGCACGCGUCGGCGGCGACGUCGACGUUGGAUACACCGCGGCGAGGAAGCGUGUGGACGAGGUGCUGGAAGAAGGGCUAGGACGGCGGUGCCCGCUGGUGACCUGUCCAAGAGGAACAUGGCUGCUGGCUGCUGCGGCGCGAAGAAGCAGAGGCUGGGCGUCGGCGGUGGCGGCGCUGGCGGGGCGCCGAGCCUGUCGCCGUGUGACGGCACCGCCAUACGGCACGGUACCCCUCAACCGAGAAAGCCCGCGACGAUCGCCCAACCGGAGAUGGGCUUCUUCUGCUUCGACGUGCUCUACUGCCAGCUGCAUCAGCUGGACCCGCCGAAGGCGCCCAACUUCAGCAACGAAGCGUUCCCUUUAUUUGUGACAUGGACAAUAGGAAAAGAUAUGAGAUUACGAGGUUGUAUUGGUACUUUUAACGCGAUGCACUUACAUGCUGGGCUACGCGAGUACGCUACAACUAGCGCAUUCAAAGACUCUCGGUUUAAUCCCAUAACUCGAGACGAGCUGCCACGCUUGCAUGUAAGCGUGUCGAUUUUGCGGCACUUCGAAGAUGGGGUUGACUACUUAGAUUGGGAGGUGGGUGUGCACGGAAUUCGCAUAGAAUUCCACAAUGAGAAGGGUAAUAAGCGGACGGCUACUUACCUGCCCAGCGUAGCUAUGGAGCAAGGAUGGGACCAGAUACAAACGAUAGAUUCUCUGCUACAUAAGGGUGGCUUCAAAGGCUUAGUUACACCCGAUAUCCGUCGUAGCCUGAAACUGACUCGCUAUCAGAGCGAGGAGGUCACCGUGAGCUAUCAGGAUUACAUGACGCAUUGUCACAAUCGAAGAUGCUAGCAGAUCGCCUGGGGUCUCGGCCA